AGAACUAAACCCUCAUAAACCCUUCUCCGCUGUCGCUUUGAGAGUUUCGAAUUGAAAAUGAGUUCAGUCGCUGCGAGACUUUCCAAGUUCAUCAGAGCCUCUGUUCCUUCAUCGCAAACUUCCUCACUAGCGGUGGGCGGGCAGAGAAGCUCAAAAUUGGGGUACUCUAGCAGCUCAACCGACAGCAACACUGAUGACACAAAGAAGGUUGGCGCUGAAGAAGAUAUUGAUGAUUUUCUUGGUGGUCUGAAAGAUGUGGACCUGGCAGCCCAAGGUGUGGAUCCCAAGAGGGGUUGGGGAUUUCGCGGUGUGCACAAGGCAAUUAUUUGUGGAAGAGUUGGGCAAUCCCCCGUGCAGAAGAUCUUGAGGAAUGGUCGAACUGUAACCAUCUUCACUGUUGGGACCGGGGGCAAGUUUGACCAGAGAUUACUGCGAAAGGACUUGCCAAAACCAGCUCAGUGGCACCGCAUUGCUGUACAUAAUGACAGACUUGGGGCUUAUGCAGUUAAACAAUUUGUUAAGAAUUCAUCAGUUUAUGUUGAGGGUGACAUCGAGACUAGAGUUUACAACGACAGCAUCACUGGUGAAGUUAAUAAUAUUCCGGAGAUCUGCAUUCGUCACGAUGGGAAGAUCCGUCUUAUAAAGAGUGGAGAAAGCAUCAGCAGUAUAUCCUUGGAUGACCUGCGAGAAGACUUACCUUAGUGUUAAUUGGCACUUUAGGGGAACCUCAGCCCCGGAACGGGAAAGCAUCUCAAGCCACUUCUGUAGGAAACAUGGAUAUGUUUCCAAGUUGGGUGUGACCUGGCACAGGAAAAUGCUUCAGUUAUAUUUCCAGUUUGUUGAGAUAAUCCUUUAGUUCAUUAGCUUGCUCAUCACUGUUGCCUUCUUUCCCCAGUGGGUGAAGUCAUCUACCAUUCAGUCUGUGAGAGAAGGGAGUGGUGCUUAACAUUGAAAUCGAUAUGUAAAGACUAUUUUUAAUCAAAUGAGAGCUUCUUUCUUAUUCUGUUUCUCCUUGAAGCAAUAAACUUAAUCAAAAGAGUGCCUUCACUGCAAUCUUUGCUUGCUGCUCUGUUCUUUUUCUUUUCUUUUUCCUUUCUCCUUUUUGCUUCUGUCACAUUACAGCUGAAUUUGCUUCUGUCUUGGGGAUUUUAUAUUGUACUGUAUUAUAUUUAUUGGGGAGUAUACAUACAGUAAAUAUUGAACAGUUGAUUUGC